CCCAGUAAAGUUUGAGGGUUCUGAAUUCUGUACCGUGUUUGUACGGACACACUGGGGCGAGUACAAUCUCCUGAUCAGUGUACCUUCCAAAAACCCUCAGAUAACCUACCGAUAACCUUUCUUAGAUUUAAUCCUUUGAAUCAGAUAGAAAACUUUUCUUAGAUUUUGGUCCUUCUAGCCAGAUAGUGAACCUUCCUUACAUUUUGGUCCUUUGAGCCGGAUAGCGAGCCUUCCUUACAUCCAGUUAUGAUUGUACUUUUUAGGGAGCCUGGACUGGACAGAGACUCAUACACACUUCAGCAUCACAAGAGGUUGGAUGAGCAGGUGACAGACCUCACUGGACGUUAUUUCAGCAAAAGGCAACAGGUUCUGGAGAACUAAUCACAAUGAAGUGAGAUUUUUAUGAGGACUAAAAACACACAGGAAAAGUAAACAAAUUAAACAGCCAAUUGGGAGUCAAUCUCCAGGCAACUACUUGUGAUCAUACAUUAUUACAAACAGAAGAACACAAGAUUUUUCCUCUAUCUUUACCUUCUAUAAUGGAGGAAUCAAUUUUAAAGAUUUCCAUGAUGCCAUCCACAUCCCCCACAGGCUCUUUUAGAAGCAGCUCCACAGAGGAGAGCCAUGGAGGUAAAAGUCCAGCUCCUGGUAAGAGCCUGAAUCAAGGAAUGCUGUGUAAGGUCUGUGCAGAUACUAGCAGCGGAAAGCACUAUGGGAUCUAUGCCUGCAAUGGCUGCAGUGGAUUCUUUAAGCGCAGUGUGAGACGGAGAUUAAUCUACAGGUGCCAAGCUGGUACAGGUAUGUGUCCAGUAGAUAAAGCCCAUCGUAACCAGUGCCAGGCAUGUCGCCUAAAGAAAUGCCUUCAAGCUGGCAUGAACAAAGAUGCUGUGCAGAAUGAAAGGCAACCACGAAGCACAGCUCAGGUCAGAUUAGACACCUUGGAUAUAGAUACAGAGAAGGAACAUCUAGCCACCACCAGGGAGCCCACAUCCUCCUCCUCCAGCUGUUCUGUAAUAAGCAGACCUUUAUUGGGCUCCUCCAUUAGCUCCAGCAUCAACUCUAGUGGUCCCAGUCAGCUCAGCAGCAGCUCCAAGAACAGCCAUCGCUUCAUGGCCAGCCUGAUGACAGCUGAGACCUGCGCUAAGCUUGAGCCUGAAGAUGUGGAUGAGAAUAUUGAUGUAACAAGUAACGAGCCGGAGACAAGCUCUCCUGAGAGCAACACGACUCUUUAUUCCAAUUCUGGCCCUGAGAGCAUUUAUGAGACUUCUGCCCGCCUUCUCUUUAUGUCUGUCAAAUGGGCAAAAAACUUACCGGUCUUCUCCCACCUGCCAUUUAGGGACCAGGUGAUAUUAUUAGAGGAGGCAUGGAGUGAGCUGUUUCUUCUCUGUGCCAUCCAGUGGUCCUUGCCAUUAGAAAGUUGUCCCCUGCUCUCUCUACCUGAGCUGUCUCCUUCAUCACAGGGUAAAAGCAGCCCCUUUGCCUCUGACCUGCGCCUUCUGCAGGAGCUUUUCAGCCGCUUCAAGGCUCUGCAGGUGGACCCUACGGAGUUUGCUUGCCUGAAAGCAAUAGUUCUCUUUAAGCCUGAAACAAGUGGCCUCAAAGACCCAGAACAGGUUGAGAAUCUACAAGACCAGUCCCAAGUAAUGCUUGCUCAGCACAUUCACACACUUUACUCCAGUCAAGCAGCAAGGUUUGGGAGGCUGUUGUUGCUUCUUCCCACUUUACAUUUUGUAAGUUCAGAGAGGAUCGAACUGCUCUUCUUCCAUAGAACUAUUGGAAACACCCCCAUGGAGAAGUUGCUCUGUGACAUGUUUAAGAAUUAAAAAUCGCUUGAAAAUAGGACACAGUAUAUAAUUUACACAUACUUCGGGUAAUUUAUUUUACUGUAGUAAUUAGAAGCCUAUUAAAGAAAUUAGAUAUGAAAUGGGAGUUCCAUAUUGGUCCUCAUUCAUGACAGAACUGGUCAUCACCAUGAGCAUUCAGGCUGCACCAGUCCAUCAAUUUUUUCUGCAUGGUUGUUUUUUUUAUCCACUACAUCACAGCCAGACCAACAGUCAAAACAUUACACCAGCAUCAAAUUUCAGUCGGUUCUGUAUCAGGAGGUUUAUAUUUAAAUAUUUAUAUUAUAGUUUGUACUUUUAUUACUGCUUAUUCUAUAUGAGUUUGUUAAUAUAUGAAAUGUUAUUAGAUAGAGCACAUAGCCUACAGUAGAUUACUGUGUCUUUGUAAGUAAACUGCAAUAUUGCCUUUCCAGCUUUUCAUAAUGCAAAUAUAUAUUUUGAUAAAAUGUUCAACUACAAAA